AUGCGUAUCACCCGUGCCCAGUUUGACGGCCUCGACAAGUACAAGUACUCUGGUAUCGACAAGAGCGUGCUCUCGCGCCACGUCCUGACCCCGUACUGGAACCUGCUCGUCAAGGCCUUUCCCCGGUGGCUCGCGCCCAACGCGAUUACGUUUAUCGGCCUGUGCUUCGUCUUCUCCAAUGUCGCCACCCUCCUGUACUACGACAUUGACUACACCGGCACGGCCCUCCCGCCAUGGGUGUACAUGACGUGGUCGUUUGGCCUGUUUGCGUACCAGAGCAUGGAUGCCAUUGACGGCAAGCAGGCUCGUCGCCUCGGCAUGGGUUCGGCCCUGGGCGAGAUGUUUGACCACGGCUGCGACGCGAUCAACACCACCCUCGAGGUGAUUCUCGCGUGCCACGCUCUGGGUCUCACCAACUCGUGGUGGGCGGUGGCGUCGCAGACUGCGUCGCUGCUCAACUUUUACUCGUCGACUUGGGAAGAGUACCACACGGGAACGCUGUACCUCUCGGCGUUUUCCGGUCCGGUCGAGGGCAUCAUCCUCAUCGUGUGCAUCUACGCCAUCACCGCGUUCCACCCCAUGGGCUCGGCGUUCUGGGCCCAGCCGCUCGUCUCGCUCAUCCCCGGCGGUGUCGGCGUCAAGGUCGCCGAGGUCAUUGACUCGACUAUCGGUCUUCCCUCGGCGUACACCUUGUCGACGCUGCCCAUCAACGUUGCGUUCAUGGUCUUUGGCGCGUUUGGCACUUGCGCCAACAUGGUCAACUCGUACUACAACGUCAUUGCCGCCCGCCACCGCGACAAGAAGCCCAUCCUCUCGCCGCUCCUCGGCCUCCUGCCGUUUGGCGUCCACACCCUCAUCCUCGUGGCAUGGCUGCACUCGUCGAUCCGCGGCGGCGUCGAACUCGUCCACGACGCCCGUCUCCUCCCCUUCCUCCUGUACUGGGGCAUGGCCGCAGCGUACCAGGUCUCGCAGCUCAUCCUCGCCCACGUCACAAAGUCGCCCUUCCCGUACUGGAACGGCAUGAUGGUCUACUCGCUCUUUGGCGCCGUCGACGCCAACGCCCAGUGGCUGUUUGACCGCGAGCCCAUGGUCCAGUCGUCGCCCACGGCCGCCACCGUGUUCAUCUGGAUGUCCUUUAUGAUCGCCCUGUUCAACUACAUUCGCUUCGCCCGCGAGGUCAUCUGGCAGAUCUGCGACUACACGGGUAUCGCGUGCUUUACCGUCCGCAAAAAGGACCCCCAGGGCCAGUGGGUCGAGGACGAGGACACUGCUCGUGCUCUGAAAGCAUCCAUUGUGCACAAGAAGAACAACUAG